AAAACAUUGGCUCUGUAAAAUACUUGGCGCAACAGGAAAACCAAACCCUUCCCAACAGCGUAAAAUACGUACGAAGGCGUAAACCAAGCAGCCAUUUUCACUUCCUGAAAAUUACAAACUUUGUUCCCUCUAAUAAACCAAGAAUAUUCUUUCCCACAAAACCUAACUUUGAAUUAUAUCAAUUCUUUUUAGUCUAUCGAUCUCCCUAGGAAAAAGCUUGAUUUCUUGAUUGCGUUUUACAGAUUUUCUUUUGAUUACUUUCUGUUUGAUUCUCCAGAAAAAGAAAAGGUUCGGGGAAAGGGGAGGAGGAAGUGCUUAAACGGUUGCUUUUCCGAACAUUUUUGCUAGAGCCUCCUUUUUUUUCGCGUUAUAUCCGAUGUUCUCUCUGUUUUUUUACUUUUCUGCGGCAAAUUCGACGUUCAUAUGAAUUUCUUGUCUGCUGAAUGUCAGGCUCUGUGUGAAUUUCAUUGGGUUUGCGUUGGUUGCUCCGUAAAGCCCGCUACAAGAUCAAAUUGACACAAGUUUUGUUCUAUUGGAGCUAUGGUUGACUUCUGAGGUAGAGCUACCUGAAAUCCAGCAUUUGCUACGAAAGCACAGUGCGGAAUAACUGGUGGUUUUUCAUGGAUCUAGAUGGAGGAUCUUCAAAUAUGUUGCCUACGGAUCCCUUUUGGUCUCAUAGUUGUAGGGCUCAUUUUAUUUCCCAGUUUAGUGCAUUUGUAGAUCAUUCUUUACGCCAAUCUGGAUAUUUGCACGCUCAUGGAAGUCAGGCUCUUGAACAAGCUUUUGGAUGCAUGUCACAGUUAGCUGGUGCUCUGCUUUGUUUGCUGUCUAGUAUGUCUACUACAAAUUUGUGUCAGAAUAUAUCUGGAAAUAUUUAUGGUUCAGAACCUGGAAGCUGUAGAUCUUCUAUGCAAGUUAGACAGGUAAGUUCUAUCGAGAAUAACGCUAGGUUCGGCUUCGGUUAUGGAUUGAAACGAGAAUCAGCUAUUCCAGUGGUUUUUGGCAAGAUUUCAGGAUUCAUUAUGAAUCUUCUGCACAGAGAAGCUGAAAUGUUUCAAUCCUUAUCUGUACUGUCGCUGGCUGCUGCUCUGAUACCACCAUUAGACAACUUAUCUUCAAAGGUGUUGGCAGUUCCAUUACAGAAUACUGAUGUACAAUUUCACGGAUCCCUAUAUCAAAGGCCUUGUGAGGUUGAGAAUGGUAGAUGUGCUAGUCUAUCUUUGCCUGAAUUAAAUUUGGCAAGUCAUAGAGUUGAACCCCGAACAGGCAUUGAGUUUCCUACAAUUUUGGACAACCUCUUAGCUGAAGAAAACCGUUCCAGUUUACCGCCCGAGGUCCUUGUUGGAACUGGAUCAAAAACUAUGAAAAUAAUCAAAGUUAAAUCACUGAAGGUUUAUGCAUUUGGUUUUUAUGUUCAUCCUCAUUCUGUUUGUGAAAAAUUGGGUCGCAAGUAUACUGCUCUACGGCUAAGUGAACUGAACGAAAGCCCUGAUUUUUAUCAGGAUCUUCUCAGUGCUUUUGAGAAGUCUCUCCGAGCUCGUUUGGUGAAGGCGAAUCCUGACACUGAUUUUCAGUGCCUGAGAACAUUUGGUUCUUGCUUCACUCAAGACAUUCCAUUACCUGUGGGAACAACAAUUGAUUUCCGGCGAAAUGCUGAUGGACAACUAAUUACAGAAAUUGGAGGUAAUCAAAUUGGAGCUGUUCGAAGUAGAGAUUUGUGUAGGGCAUUCUUUGACAUGUACAUUGGAGAUGUUCCUGUAUCUGAGCAGACAAAAGAAGAGAUUGGCAAGAACGUUGUUAACAUUAUUAAGCGGUGCUGAGAUAAUAAUUACUAUGCAAAUGUCGGAAGUGAUCGCAAUCCCUCGCACAAAUUUUUGAGUUGCCUACUGUGAUUGCUCAGCAAGAGAUUUGGAUGCCGCUGAUUUUAACAAAACCAGAUAAAUAGUGGAUGCACUGCAAUGUCUGAAGGUCUGUCCUAUUGAAUAUACGCAAACAUUUUGCGUUGCUGUAUUCAUUGAAAAUGUCAAUAAUACAGCUCUGUAUUCAUUCAUUUACAUUAGACUAUUUAGCGUUUCUUAUUUUUGUUGGCUGAAAAGAAAGAAUGAAGAAAUUAUUCUCUGUA